AACAAUUCGGGGUUCUGAUUGGCCGAGCACCUGUAGCUCAAACGAUGGCGAGAAACGCUAUUGGCUGUUACACUCGUCCAUCACGGACUGAUUACCAAUCGAUAUGUCCAAUCGGUAAAGGCCGCGGGGGCGGGGCUUGGACCCGCGGUAUCAGACUGUACAUUCGCCCGAGAAAAAUCGACAUUUCUGAAGAAAUUACGUGCGUUCGUAUGGCGCGCGAGCAACAUCUCUGCAACGGCGAUACUCGACUAUCGUAAAGGUUCUUGGACGUCAGUCAAAUGAUGCAGUCUGCGGAGGAGGCCUGCGCUCAGCUGGAGGACGAGUUACUUUUUUGCGAGGACUGCCGCUUAUACUUCAGAGACUCCUGCCCGCAACAUGGGUCCCCGACGUUUAUCUUGGACACGCCUGUUCCAGAAAACGUGCCUUCCCGAGCUCUGCUGUCCCUGCCGGAGGGGCUGGUGGUCAAAGAGAGGUCCCAGGGAGGGUUUGGCGUAUGGUGCACAAUCCCAGUCAUCCCUCGAGGCUGCAUCUUUGGCCCCUAUGAAGGGGAUAUCUUAGUGGAGAGGAACGACUGCACGCUAUAUUCUUGGGCGGUACGAGAGAAUGGGUCAUAUUUUUACAUCGAUGCCAGCGAUGAUUCAAAAAGCAGCUGGAUGAGGUACGUGGCCUGCGCAUCCACCGAGGAAGAGCACAACCUGACCGUGUUUCAGUACCGGGGUAAAAUCUAUUACCGAGCUUGUCAGUUAAUUCCCUCGGGCACAGAGCUCCUGGUUUGGAUCGGAGAAGAGUACGCCAGGACGCUCGGACUCAGACUGGGUGAGCAUUUUAAAUAUGAAUUUGGAGAGAAGGAACUACUGAUGAAGCUAUUCCAGGACCUACACGUGAAGACAUUGGAUUCGGGAUCCAGUCACAUACCUCGUAGCCAGUAUCUCGUAGCCAGCGAUGUCGUCACGCCGCUAAUACAGCCACACAAAUCGAGCUACUCGUUGAACAACGCAGGACAUCCUUCUUCCGGCUUCCAACUACUCGAGGGAACCCAGAAUUUGGUGAGCCUCGGUCGAGCUCAGAGCCGCUACUGGACUUUUUUUGGCUUUCAUGGAGAUGCCUACGGCCGGAUCAUUGACAAGACGAAGAUCAUUUGCAAGCUGUGUGGCGUAAGACUCUCUUACAGCGGUAACACCACGAAUUUAAGACAGCACUUAAUAUACAAGCACAGGCGGGAAUAUAACGAGUUGGUAGGAACGCAGGGUGCUGUAGUUGACCCACAAAAAAACAACAUAGACUCCGUCUCCCCGCGAGAAACGGCUUCCCGAGCAAUAGUGACUCCCACUGUUGGGAGAACAACUAAGGCCGUAGCAGAGUUUAUUGUCCGGGACCUGAUGCCUGUAGAAAUCAUCGAAGGAGAAGGGUUUUCUCAGAUGCUGUCAAUCAUGGAUCCAAAUUACAAGUUACCAGCUGCCUCGUUCUUGGCCCAUACAGUCCUACAGGAGAUGUACAUUCAAGCCAAGCUCAAAGUGGUUGAGUUGGUGAAGGGUCUACAGGAAUGCUCUGUGAGCCUUGACGUCUGGAAACACGGCGGUUCGCUGUCCUACCUCACAAUCACUAUCCACUAUGUAGACGAAGCUUUUGAAUUCAGGAAUAUGGUGCUGUCCAGCAAGGUUGUUCCGGAAGAGGUUUCCGAAGACAACCUGACGUCGGUGCUUGUUGAUUUUGCAGAAGAGUGGGCAAUCCGCGAGAACACCUUCUACGCAGUAGGACUCAACAGCCCCUGUGUUAAGGCAGCAGCCUCAAAGGUGGGAUGGAAAUCUCUACCUUGCGUAGGACAGGUGUUGAGGGGCUGCAUAGAAGCCGUACUUCAGCAUCCCACCAUAAAUGGCGCGCUAGAUAGGUUUCGAAGACUAGUCGCUACCCUUUGCUCCUCAUCCACUCAAAGUGAGGAGCUAACUACACAUGGUCCAGUGCUGAAGGUCCAUCUGAAAACGUUCCUAUGUGAUGGAACCAAGUGGUACGCUGUGUACGCUGCGCUGCAGAGCAUAGUAGACCACGGCAAGUUUUUCAAAAGCUUAAUUGAAACAACGACAGAAAAUAACGCUAUUCUGCAGCGUGACGAUUGGUCCGUUCUUCAGGACAUGGUCGAUAUCCUCAAACCCUUAGCUAUUGCUACCUCAACGUUCACCAAAGAUCAGUUUGCUGGUUUAUCGCUGGUGAAGCCCGUGAUAACCAGCUUGCUUUAUAAACACUUAGCACCCAAUGAAUGGGACUCCGAGUUUUCAAAAAACAUUAAAAAGGCCAUUCACGAAGAUUUGAGCUUUAAGUUCUCGGACUGUGAGGUCAAUCAGGUUCUUAACUUGGCAUGUGCCUUGGAUCCGCGUUUCCGGGGCCUCGACUUCCUCAGCCAGUCGGAUCGCGUGGAGACCCUCCACUUACUAAAGCACGAAGCAUCAAAUUUGUCAAAGAUACCGGCUACGGAUUCUCUUUUUAGCGCACCUGAACCUCCAAACUCCAGGCCUCCUCUAAAGAAAACCAAGCUGGACUCUGGAAUUGAGUUUCUUUUGGGGGAUUUAUGCAACGUCAGAAAUUCUUCAGCCAGUACCGUCAACCAACAAGCAGAGCAGGAGAUUAGCAGCUUCCAGACCAGCGAAGCUUCUUCCUUAUGUCAGGAUCCGUUACAAUGGUGGAAAAUGCAUCACACCCAGUACCCGCUUCUUGCUCGGGCCGCCCGUAAACUGUUGGCCAUACCUGCCACCUCGGUGCCCUCGAGUUGGCUCUUCACAGAUGCCGGUGUGACCGUUUACAGAAAGCGGUCUGCGCUGGCCGCCGAACACGUGGACAUGUUAGUCUUUCUCAACGGAAACCGGUCAAUGCUUUGAACCUUCGUUGGUUGGCCCUUGGCCCUUCCCGUUUGUGCCUCUCCCACCCAUCACAAAUGGCAUGUUAUUUAAGCUCAAGGUCAGAUCUAGCGCUUCCACUUCUUUCCUUGGCAGGAGCCAUUCCUUGCUCAAACCAGUAUAUGUAGCCUACACAACCAGUAUACUACUGACCCUUUUACAGACACAUUCAACAACAUGCGCCCUUUUACUAGGAUGGCGUAUAUAAAUAGAAAGUGUUUAAUAUAAAAUAAUGCAAAUGCAAUAAAACCAACCAAAGCAGGUAAAUGGUUCUUCCAAACCUUUGAAUCCUUUAGAGGGCCUCCAACAUCUUUAGCCAUGCUUUUCCUACUUGUUAUAGGCCGUCCCAACUUAUGUGGAUGAUCUUCUUCUCAAUGCUUGAUCACUGAUGU